AUGAAGAUAUCAGCACCACUUACAGUUUCAUCUGUUUUGAGACUUGUUAACGGUGGUAACAAUGUAAAGAGUUUAGAUACACUCACUGCAAAGAGAAACAAUGAUUUAGCAAGAAAGAAGAAUGAAAAGAAGAAAGCUUCAUCAAAUAGUAUUAUAAAUGGUCAACUCUCAUGGAAUUACUUUGCAAAUGCAACUAAUUCAGAGGUAACGGAGAAACAAAAUAGAAAUUAUUAUAAUCAGUUUUUACAGGUCGUCAUAAAGUUGGUGGACAACGAUGAGGUGCCGAGUGAAGAGCUACACAGCGCUUCGUAUCAGGCAUUCAUGGCGGUUGCCAAUCCGAAUAAAGACGAUGUUUCGAAACAACAGUUGUUGCGUGAUCUCUUUGGUAGUUCUUUCAAGUUGAAGCUCUAUAAUGAGUUGGUUACAUUAGUUUCGAUUCUCCAGAAAGUAAAGGAUCCAUUCGAGGAGGAUAUCGCACUCUCACGUGACACACUCGCCAAGAUCGAUGAGAACGAACAACUCGAAUGGGGUUCGAUCAAAUUGAAUUCUGUCGAUGAAUUAUUCUUUGAAUUGGAUUCAUUCAAACAAGAUGAUGAUGAUGCUAAUAUUUCAACAACCUCGAACAAGAACAACAACAACAACAACAAGAACAACAAUAAUAAUGCUAAUUUUAAGAAUAUUAAUAGUGGUGAAACUAUCAUUGUAAAGAAAUCAAGUAAAAAAGAUAAACAACAACAACAACAAUCAUCGUCGUCGUCACAAUCAUCAUAUAAUGAAUCAUGGUUAAUUGAAAAUUGUAUUACUAUUUCUAAAUCAUCUGGUUUACCAGCUGAUCAUUUACUACAAAAUAUUAUCAAUGUUUUGAAAGCACCAAAGAAUAUUCAAGAUGAUUUAAUUGGUAUUCUUGGUUUUGAAUAUUUGGAUUUCAUUGAACAGUUGAUUACAAAUCGUACUGAUAUAUUGGCAUCUACUUUGAAUGUAAAACAAGGCACAGGAAAGCAUGGACCUGUUCAGAGUUUCUCUAUGAAUACCACCGAUGACAAGCUCGUUGGUAAACUCAAGAAAAAGGAUGAAAAGAAGAAGAAGAAUGCUAGUGGUAGUAGUGGUAACGGUGGCACAACUAGCACUGUACAGAUCGGUGGCGAGCAAUACGAAGUCUAUCAACCAAAGGAAGCGGCAGUACCUGCCAUCUACACACAAAACGAAUUUAAAGCGGCUGGACUUCAAAUUCAAGAUGGUCCACUCAUUGGCAAAGCUGCACUUCCUGCCAAUACAAUUAGAAAAGAACAUAAUACUCAUAUUGAAGUAACAAUUCCACAUGCUCAACCUAAACCAUUUUCAGAUGAUGAACGUUUCGUACCGAUUACAGAGAUUGCUCAGGAAUCACAAAAGGCAUUCGGUAGUAUAAAGUCGUUGAAUAGAAUACAAUCGAGAGUGUUUGAGACUGCCUACAAGACGAAUGAGAAUCUGUUGAUUUGUGCUCCAACCGGUGCCGGUAAGACAAACAUUGCGUUGCUCACUAUUCUCCAUGAGAUUGAGAAUAACUAUACUUCGUAUGGUGUGUUGAAUCUCGAGCAAUUCAAGAUCAUCUAUAUCGCUCCGUUGAAAGCGCUGGCUGCCGAGAUGACAGAGAAGUUUGCCAGUUGCCUAAAGUAUCUUGGUAUCGUGGCAAAGGAACUCACUGGUGAUAUGCAACUCACUCAGAAGGAGUUGAAGGAGACACAGAUCAUCGUUACCACUCCGGAGAAGUGGGAUGUCAUCACCAGAAAGAGUACCGAUGUCGCAUUGACUCAGUUGGUUCGUCUGUUGAUUAUUGAUGAGAUUCACUUGUUGCACGAGGAGCGUGGACCUGUCUUGGAGAGUAUUGUCGCGCGUACUCUACGUCAGGUGGAAACCACUCAGGAGAUGAUCCGUAUCGUUGGUCUGAGUGCUACUCUUCCCAACUAUAAAGAUGUUGCACGAUUCAUCAAUUCACCGGCUUCCGCCACCUAUUGUUUCGACUCGUCGUACCGUCCUGUCCCGAUGACUUCCAGCUUCCUCGGUGUCAAAGAGGAGUCGGUCUUGGCACGUAAUAACAUUAUGAACCAACUCUGCUAUGACAAGCUGGAGAAAUCCAUUCGCGAGGGUUAUCAAGUGAUGGUGUUUGUACACUCGCGUAAGGAUACUGCCAAGACUGCCGAGGCAUUGGUUAACAUUGCGCGUUCCAAACACUUCCGAUUCGCCAAGGAGGAAGAAGUCAAGUCGCAUGCCGUUCGUGAUAUGGAGCGUGCCAAAUCCAAGGAGAUCAGAGACCUCUUCCAACAUAAUGUAUCGAUUCAUCAUGCUGGUUUGCUGCGUCAAGAUCGUAACUUGGUAGAGAAGUACUUUGCCGAGGGUGCCAUCAAGGUGUUGGUAUGUACUGCCACUCUGGCGUGGGGUGUCAAUCUUCCGGCACACACUGUCAUUAUCAAAGGAACACAACUCUAUGAUUCAAAGAAUGGUGGAUUCAUCGACCUCGGAAUAUCUGAUGUCAUGCAGAUCUUUGGUCGUGCCGGUCGUCCUCAGUUUGAUACUUUUGGUGAGUCGUUCCUCAUCACCUCUAACGACAAACUCGACCACUACCUCAUGUUGAUGUCCAGUUGCUUGCCGAUUGAAUCGCGAUUCAUCAAUAACCUCUCGGACAAUCUCAACGCAGAGAUUGUACUUGGAACAGUCUCUAAUGUAUCGGAAGCAAGUCGUUGGCUUAGUUACACAUAUCUCUAUAUCCGUAUGAUAACCAAUCCUCAUGCCUAUGGUAUCAAUGUUGGUGAUCUUCGUUUCGAUCCAGACCUCUCACUUCAUAGAAACAAGAUUAUUGAGCGUGCAGCCAUUCAUUUAGACAAGUCAAAGAUGAUUCGUUACGAUGCAGUCACAGGAAACUUCUUCCCAACCGAUCUUGGUCGUAUUGCUUCGCAUUAUUACAUCAAGUAUCCAUCGAUCGAGACAUUCCAUGAGAUUCUCAAACCAGACAUGAGCCAAGAACAGAUCUUGACACUGCUCGCCAACUCUUCAGAGUUUGAAAAUGUCAAUCUCCGUGAAGAGGAAGUUAAGGAGCUCACCGAUCUCUCUGCCAACAACUGUUUCUACCAGUCGGAGGUCAAUGAUAAAUACUCAAAGGUCAAGGUUAUCUUGCAAUCCUUUUUGUCACGUGCUCGUGUCGAUGGAUUCUCGCUUGUCUCUGACUCUAACUACAUCAUUCAAAACUCGAGUCGUAUCUUGCGUGGUCUCUUUGAGAUCACUAUGAAGCGUGGUUGGUGCAGUGUAUCGAAGCAGGUUCUCGAUCUAUGUAAAAUGAUUGAUCACCAACAAUGGCAUUUCGAAUCACCACUUCGCCAACUUGGUAUUCUCCACCAAGAGACUCUCAAGAAGCUCGAAGAGCAAGAGUUGGGCGUUGAAGAUGUCGCUGAUAUGGAGGCAUCCGAAUUGGCACCGAUCGUUGGAAAUCCAGCCAUUGCCAAAUCCACCAUUAGAGUUGCACGUCAAUUCCCAAAGCUAGAGUUUGACAUUGAGAUUCAACCGAUCACCUCUAGUAUCAUCAAGAUCAACCUCCAGGUGCUCCCUUACUUUGAGUGGAAUGACCGUGUCCACGGCGACUCUCAACCGUUUUGGUUCUGGAUUGAAGACAGUGAGAAUGAAUAUAUCUAUAACAGCGAUUACUUUAUUCUUACCAAGCGUGCAUUUAUGAAUCACGAGAAUGAACCAAUCAAACUAAGUUAUAUCAUUCCAAUGCCAAAUCCAUUGCCAAGUCAAUUCUUUAUCCAUUAUAUUAGUGACCGUUGGUUGAAUUGCGAUGAAAGAAUACCAAUUUCAUUCAAACAUUUGAUUAUUCCGCAUCAGAAUCGUGUCAUCAAUACAGAGUUGCUCGAUCUCCAACCACUUCCAGUGCAGGCACUCAAGAAUCCAGAGUUUGAAAAACUAUUCAAAUUCAGUCAUUUCAAUCCGAUUCAAACUCAAGUAUUCCAUACUCUCUAUCAUACCAACAACAAUGUGCUGCUAGGUUCGCCAACUGGUUCCGGUAAAACCAUUUGCGCAGAGCUUGCCAUGUUCAAAGUGUUCCGUGAUGAACCAUCGAUGAAGGUUGUUUAUAUCGCUCCAUUGAAGGCAUUGGUUCGUGAGCGUAUGAAUGAUUGGAAUGUCAAACUCUCUGAAAAGCUUGGAAAGAAGUUGGUUGAGUUGACUGGUGACUACACUCCCAACAUGAUUGCACUGCAAAAUGCCGACGUCGUUACUACCACACCAGAAAAGUGGGACGGUAUCAGUAGAAAUUGGAAGAACAGAAGCUAUGUAACAUCGGUAUCACUCUUGAUUAUCGAUGAGAUUCAUUUGCUCGGUGAACUUCGUGGUCCAACUCUUGAGGUGAUUGUAUCGCGUAUGAAGCAAAUCUCAAAGGAGACUGGUCACAAGAUUCGUAUCAUUGGUCUCUCGACUGCCAUGGCCAAUGCAGUCGAUCUGGCAGAGUGGAUGGGUAUUGAGAAGGUCGGUCUAUUCAACUUUAGACCAUCGUGUCGUCCCGUACCAAUUGAAGUACAUAUCCAAGGUUUUGCCGGAAAGCACUACUGUCCACGUAUGCAAACCAUGAACAAGCCAGCGUUUGCAGCGAUCAAGACCUAUUCACCAAACAAGUCGGUUCUCAUCUUUGUUUCUUCGCGUCGUCAAACUCGUUUGACUGCACUCGAUCUCAUCUCACAUUUGGUUGCCGACGAUCCAACACAAUGGUUACACACCGACAUUGAGCCAAUCCUCGAUCGUGUAAGAGAUGGUCAUCUCAAACACACACUCUCCUUUGGUAUCGGUAUGCAUCAUGCCGGUCUCAAUGACAACGAUCGUUCGAUCUGUGAGACUCUGUUUGCAGAGAACAAGAUUCAGAUUCUCAUUUCCACAUCCACUUUGGCUUGGGGUGUCAAUUUGCCUGCUCAUCUUGUUAUUGUCAAGGGAACCGAAUAUUUCGAUGGACGUACCAAGCGUUAUGUCGACUAUCCACUAACCGAUGUUCUUCAGAUGAUGGGUCGUGCCGGUAGACCGCAGUUUGACAAAGAAGGUAAAGCUGUCAUCAUGGUUCACGAACCAAAGAAGAACUUUUACAAGAAGUUCCUCUACGACCCAUUCCCAGUGGAAUCUCAUCUCAAGGAGUUCUUACACGACCAUCUUAACGCCGAGAUUGUUGCUGGUACCAUUCAAUCGAAACAAGGUGGAAUAGAAUACUUGACCAAUACAUUCUUUUUCAGACGUCUAUUGAUCAGUCCAACCUACUAUGGUCUUCAAGACAAUUCAGUGGAUACAAUCAAUCGAUUCCUCUCAGAGCUACUCGAUAGAACCUUGGAUGAUCUUGCCAAGUCCAACUGUAUCAUUGUCGAUGAAAACGAUCAAAUUGAACCAUCGACACUUGGAAGAAUCGCAUCGUUCUACUAUCUCAACUAUCGUACUAUUGAGAACUUUACCAAGGAGAUCAAACACAAUAGUGAGAUAAAAUCGUUGCUCAAGACACUCUGCGAUGCCUAUGAGUACCACGAAUUCCCAGUUCGUCACAAUGAAGAUCUAAUGAACAAGGAAUUGAACGAGAAGCUUCCAAUCAAGUUGAUUCGUCACGACGAUCCACAUACCAAGGUUCAUCUCUUGCUCCAAGCUCACUUUGAGAGAGCGAUGCUACCAAUCUCUGAUUAUGUGACCGAUACUAAAUCUGCGCUAGACCAAGGUAUCCGUAUUCUUCAAGCAAUGAUUGACGUUGCCGGUGAAUUUGAAUACUUUGCCACUGUUAUUCAAAUCAUCCGUCUCUUGCAAAUGUUUGUCCAAGGUCGUUGGGAUACCGAUAGCAACCUAUUGACACUUCCAUACAUGACCAAAGACAUUGUAGAACUCAUCUCAAAGAAUUUGAAUAUAAACAGUCUCAAGGAAUUGACUGCUGCUCCACAAGAUAAACUCAAAUUGGUACUCGACAACUCACCUCUCCAACCCCAAGAGGUAAAGGAUAUCAUUCAUGUGGUCAAUCAUCUUCCACGUAUCAAGGUCACUCAGAUCCUACCUGAAAAGAUUUUAGCUGGUAGAGAAACAACCCUCAAGGUGAAGAUUCAGAGAAUGAACAAGUUGUUCCCCAACGGAUUUGCCUAUGCUCCACAAUAUCCAAAGAACAAAGACGAAGGUUGGAUCAUCAUUUUGACUGACGAAAAAGAACAAUUCUUGGGAUUAAAGAGAAUUUCCCAAAUGUCAAAGAAUUCAACAUCCGUUGUCUCUGCAUUCACUGUUAUCCCACCAGAGGCAACUACCGCAGUCUAUCAUGUAAAGGUUUACUCUGACAAUUAUAUUGGAUUGGAUUAUUUCCAUACUUUUUCAGUAAAGAUUGAUUUGAAAAAAUAA